ACCCAGUGAGGGUAUUUAAAGUCUGCACUUCCAUCCCUGAUCAUCCUGGUUCCAGGUCCUGCUGCUGAGACGACUUCACUGCUCACAACCCAAAGAACGAUGGCCUCAGUUCUCUACUUGGCGUUGCUCCUCUCUCUGAGCUGCGUUCUCUGGAGCGGAGCCGAUGUGAGUCUGCCUUCUUCUUUUCUCAAGUGGGUGGCGCUCCACCAGGCUGGAAUUGCUCGUUCAUGCCCACGUGGUUGGAAUAAUUAUGGAAAUCGCUGUUUCAUCUUCCAGAAUAACCAAACUGACUGGGCUACUGCUGAGCGUGCCUGCCAUAGAUAUGGUGGAAAUCUGGCCUCCGUCCACAACAAAGGUGAAUUCACUUUCCUCCAGAAGCUGAUCAGAUUUGAGAAAGGAUCGUACCAGAGGACCUGGCUCGGAGGCCAUGAUGCUGAGAAGGAGGGUGUGUGGCUGUGGAGUGAUGGGUCGAGGUUCAGCUUCACCCAGUGGGGCACAGGAGAACCAAACAACCUUGGUGGAAAUGAACACUGCAUGGAGAUCUACGAGCUAGGAGACAUGAAUGAUGCACCAUGCACCACAAGGAGUUACUCCAUCUGUGCCAAAAGACGCUAACUCCUCUUUCCUCUUCCUGAGAAAUCCAACAUGACCAUGUGACCUUCUCACUGGUGAUGUCACUUCCUCCAGGAUGUCAGGCCUCGAUGGCGUCGCUGCUGGAAGAUACAAGGAUAAAAUCUUUUUUCAAAUAAAUCUGUUGCAUCAAUAAA